AAAUUAGUUUGUUCUAAGUACAAAGAAGCCGUUGGAUUGUGUGGAUGUUGAAAGGUGGCUAGGUCUGUCAUUAUGCUACGCCAGCUAAAGUGAUUGUGGUAUUCAAAAGUUCGUUGGAUUGCGAUUCUACCAGGAUACUUACUAACAUACAGCCAUGGUGAAGCGCAGCAACGGAAGUAAACAUGAAGAAUAUAAACCAAUGAAAACGAUACAUUUGAGAAACCGUUACACAAUAUGUUCCAUGGGUAUUAUUUGUCUCUUCUUGUGUGUUACAUAUUAUUUACCCACAUCCGUGUAUCUUUCAUCCAUUCAACUGCAAAUCAAAACUACAAACCUAUUUGGAUAUCGCAGUUUGUCUCAGAUGGACUGUGGUAGCCAAUACGAAAGUGUCAAGAACGAGGCUUGUUCUGGAGUUCUCAGCUGCAUGACGUCAGGCACGUGGAAAACAAGAGAGCUGACGUCACAAGAACGGACCGAAAUUGAUACUUUUCUCAAAGGCAGCAGAGAUGUUAUACCCAACAAUACCGACUAUCAAAGGCCGGACCUAAAAUGCGGAAAUCUACCCUACGCUGAAACUAACCCUAGAGUGUGGUUCCGUGUUUUGUGCAACCCCGGUGGACCCACGCCAUGUUGUUUUAAUAAUAGAUGUGAUAACAAAACUGUUGAUGAAUGUCGUGGUCCUAUGAACUUUGACCUCCGACCCCGCGUUCAUGCUGAAUAUUCAAAAUGGCAGCCGACGGAUAAAAAAUGUUCUGUGAAGAUAUUUGACUCUGAGAGUGCCUGCAACUUGCUGAAAGGAUCAACCAUCUACGUCAUUGGAGAUUCAUUGAUGAGACAGCUUUACACAGCCUUGUUAAUGAUCAUACGUGGUGAUUUGAAGACAGGCGCCUUACUACCAAACACUCCUGAAGGCAAGUGCUCUUUUGGUGGUGGUGGAAUGAAUAACAGACAACAAAUAAUGUCAGACUGAUGUGUACUUUGAUAUGAAAUACUAGGUUGAGAUCAAGGGGAAAAAAAGAAGAAGAAGAAAUGAAAAAGCAAACAACGUACGCUAGACUAGUUUAUGCGCUUCACGGUAAACCAAUUGGCCACGUCGGAAACCAAUCAACGAGUUCGCGAACGUUAGCGAAACGUUAGCUGUCGGAAUAUGGGGGAAACGU